AUGAAGAAAAAAAAAUCAAGAAUAGGUUUCAAGCACGCAAGUCAUAGGAAAGCACUUAAACAGCUUAAAAUAGUGGAUCUGCUGUCACUGAAAGGAGGUUUAACUAUAAGUGAUGAUAUUUUUCUACUAAGUGAUCAAUUUGAACUACUGAACAAGGGUAUUCUGUUUUCAACUCCUGAAUGUUUAAAGGUUCCUCAGGAUUUGGUAAAGCUAUAUUUACAUGAAUCCAGUCGUGUUUACCGUGACAAGAUGGUUGAUGACAAGGAUUUGGUUGUUUUUGAUAAAAUGCAAGCAGAGGCAGUGAAGAAGUUCUGUGAUGACAUAGAGGAAACUUUGGAACAGACCAAGAAGAUGAAUAUCUACUGCCAUUUUGCAAAAGGGGUAGGGGAACCCAAAUACAUGCCUGUCCAGAACUGGGAAUCACUGAGCCAGAUUCUCGUGGAAGCUUUGGACAACCACAAUGAAGUUAAUGCUGCCAUGAACCUGGUGCUGUUUGAAGAUGCCAUGUGCCACAUUUGCCGAAUCAACCGUAUCUUGGAAUCUCCCAGAGGGAAUGCUCUGCUGGUGGGUGUUGGUGGAAGUGGCAAGCAAAGCCUGACAAGAUUGGCAGCUUUCAUUAGCUCUCUGGAAAUUUUCCAAAUCACCUUGAGGAAAGGCUAUGGGAUUCCUGAUUUGAAGGCUGACUUAGCAGCACAAUAUAUUACAGCAGGAAUGAAGAAUGUGGGCACUGUCUUCCUUCUGACUGAUACUCAGCUGGCUGAGGAGAGAUUCUUAGUUCUGGUAAAUGACUUGCUAGCUUCAGGAGAAAUUCCUGAUCUUUUUCCUGAUGAAGAAGUAGAAAAUAUCAUAAGUAAUAUGAGGAAUGAAGUAAAAACUCAUGGCCUGAUGGACACGAGGGAGGCUUGUUGGAAAUUCUUCAUUGAUCGGGUUAGACGACAACUCAAGGUGGCACUUUGCUUUUCUCCAGUGGGGAACAAACUGAGAGUUCGUAGCCGGAAGUUCCCAGCCAUUGUGAACUGCACGGCGAUCGACUGGUUCCACGAGUGGCCUCAGGAAGCUCUGGAGUCAGUCAGCCUGCGCUUCUUGCAAGGGACAGGGGGCAUUGAGCCUCCUGUGAAAGAAUCUAUCAGCAAGUUCAUGGCUUACGUUCAUACCAGUGUCAAUGAGAUGUCUUAUUCUUACCUGACUAACGAACGUCGUUAUAAUUACACCACCCCCAAGUCGUUCUUGGAGCAAAUCAAACUGUACCAAAAUUUGCUGCUUAAAAAGAGAAACGAACUAACAGCAAAGAUGGAGCGAUUAGAAAAUGGUCUACAGAAGCUCCGUAGCACAUCAGCCCAGGUAGAUGACCUGAAAGCCAAACUCGCAGCUCAGGAGGUAGAGCUGAAGCAAAAGAAUGAAGAUGCCGACCAGCUGAUUCAGGUGGUGGGCACAGAGACAGAGAAAGUCAGUAAGGAGAAGGCUAUUGCUGAUGAGGAAGAGCAGAAGGUGGCCUUGAUUACCGAGGAGGUCCAGCAGAAACAGAAGGACUGUGAGAAAGAUUUGACACAAGCUGAACCUGCCCUUGCUGCUGCCCAGCAAGCCCUCAACACAUUGAAUAGGACCAAUCUGACGGAACUGAAGACAUUUGCAUCGCCACCGCCUGCUGUCAGCAAUGUUACUGCCGCCGUGAUGGUACUCAUGGCUUCAGGUGGUAAGGUCCCCAAGGACAGGAGCUGGAAAGCAGCUAAGAUGGCCAUGAACAAGGUUGACAGCUUCCUAGACUCUUUGAUUCACUUCAACAAAGAGAAUAUACAUGAGAACAGCCUCCGAGCCUUGCAACCUUAUCUUCAGGAUACAACCUUCAGCCCAGAACUGGUGGCAUCCAAGUCCUAUGCAGCUGCUGGGCUCUGCUCUUGGGUCAUCAACAUUGUGCGCUUUUACAACGUGUACUGUGAUGUCGAGCCCAAGCGUCAGGCUCUCCACAAAGCCAAUGCUGAGCUUGCUAAUGCCCAGGAAAAGCUGGCUAAUAUCAAGGCCAAAAUUGCACACCUUAAUGAAAACCUGGCAAGGCUGACAGCCAAAUUUGAGAAGGCCACUGUGGAGAAGCUGAAAUGUCAGCAAGAUGCAGAAGCCACUGCAAAUACCAUCUCCCUUGCAAAUCGCCUGGUUGGGGGUCUGGCCUCUGAAAAUGUGAGAUGGGCUGAUUCAGUAAGAGAUUUCAAACUGCAAGAAAACGCAUUGUGUGGUGAUGUCCUGUUGAUUACUGCCUUUGUCUCCUAUCUGGGUUAUUUCAGCAAGAAAUAUAGACAAGACCUGAUGGAUCAUGCAUGGAAACCAUACUUGAAGCAGCUAAAAGUUGCAAUUCCUGUCACUCCCUCUUUGGACCCUCUGAAGAUGCUCACUGAUGAUGCUGACAUAGCAGCUUGGCAAAAUGAAGGUUUACCAGCUGACCGCAUGUCUGCUGAAAAUGCUACCAUUCUGACCAACUGUGAGCGCUGGCCACUCAUGGUUGACCCCCAGCUGCAGGGCAUCAAGUGGAUAAAAGCCAAGCAUGGAGAAGACCUCAGAGUGACUCGAAUUGGCCAGAAGGGGUAUCUGGAUAUUGUGGAACAAGCUCUUGCUGCUGGGGAAGUUGUUCUGAUUGAGAAUUUGGAAGAAUCUGUAGAUCCAGUGUUAGGUCCAUUGCUGGGUCGAGAGACAAUAAAAAAAGGAAGGUUCAUUAAAAUUGGAGAUAAAGAAUGUGAAUACAACCCCAGUUUCCGACUAAUUCUUCAUACAAAACUAGCAAAUCCCCAUUACCAACCAGAAAUGCAAGCACAGUGCACCCUCAUCAACUUCACUGUGACUCGGGAUGGUCUAGAAGAUCAGCUGCUGGCAGCAGUUGUAAGCAUGGAGAGGCCUGACCUGGAAGAAUUAAAGUCUGAUCUCACAAAACAGCAGAAUGGUUACAAAAUUACCUUAAAAACUUUGGAGGACAACUUGCUGUCCCGUCUCUCGUCUGCCUCAGGGAAUUUUUUAGCCGAUACUGCCUUGGUGGAGAAUCUGGAAGUCACUAAACAAACAGCUGCAGAAAUUGAAGAUAAGGUCCAGGAGUCCAAGAUAACAGAAACCAAGAUUAAUGAGGCAAGGGAACAUUACCGUCCUGCAGCAGCUCGUGCUUCACUGCUAUAUUUCAUCAUGAAUGACCUCAACACCAUCAAUCCCAUGUACCAAUUUUCCCUAAAGGCAUUUAAUGUGGUCUUCCAGAAAGCUGUCUCAAGAGCUCCAGCAGAUGAGAUCCUGAAAGAGCGAGUAAACAACCUGAUUGAUAGCAUCACAUUCUCAGUGUUUCAAUAUACAACUCGUGGACUCUUUGAAUGUGACAAACUGACUUACACAGCCCAAGUCACUUUCCAGAUACUUCUGAAGAACAAAGAAAUCGGUGCAAUGGAACUUAACUUUCUGCUGCGAUAUCCUGCCCAAACAGGAGUCACCAGUCCAAUAGAUUUUUUGACAAAUCAGUCAUGGGGUGGCAUCAAGGCCCUGUCAUCCAUGGAACAAUUUCGGAACCUUGACCGUGACAUUGAAGGGUCUGCCAAGCGUUGGAAGAAGUUAGUGGAAUCUGAAUGCCCUGAAAAGGAGAGGUUUCCUCAGGAAUGGAAGAAUAAGUCAGCUUUGCAGCAUCUGUGUAUGAUGAGAGCACUAAGACCUGACCGUAUGACUUAUGCUGUCCGGGAUUUUGUGGAAGAAAAGCUUGGGAGCAAAUAUGUGGCGGGACGAUCUCUGGAUUUCGCAACAUCGUAUGAAGAGUCAGGACCUGAGACCCCUAUGUUCUUUAUCCUCUCACCUGGAGUGGAUCCCUUGAAAGAUGUAGAAAAACAUGGAAAGAAACUUGGCUACACAUUUAACAACCGGAAUCUCCAUAAUGUCUCACUGGGGCAAGGUCAAGAGAUAGUAGCAGAACAAGCCCUCGACCUGGCAGCAGCAGAAGGACACUGGGUUAUCUUGCAGAAUAUUCACCUGGUGGCCAAGUGGUUGAGUUCUCUGGAGAAGAAACUAGAGCAGCACAGCGAAGGUAGUCACCCUGAUUUCCGGAUCUUUAUCAGUGCAGAACCUGCAGCUUCUUCUGAGAGCCAUCUGAUACCACAGGGUAUCCUUGAGAAUUCCAUCAAAAUCACAAAUGAACCUCCAACUGGGAUGCAUGCCAAUCUGCACAAGGCUCUGGACAACUUCAACCAGGACACCCUGGAGAUGUGUACCCGUGAGAAUGAGUUCAAGAGCAUCCUUUUUGCCCUGUGUUAUUUCCAUGCUGUGGUAGCAGAAAGGCGCAAAUUUGGCCCCCAAGGCUGGAAUCGUUCAUACCCAUUUAACUUUGGAGACCUCACAAUUUCUGUCAAUGUUCUAUACAAUUACUUGGAGACUACUUCUAAGGUUCCCUAUGAUGACCUUCGGUACCUCUUUGGAGAGAUCAUGUAUGGGGGUCACAUCACAGAUGAUUGGGACAGGCGUCUCUGUAAGUCCUACUUAGAAGAAUUUAUCAAGCCUGAAAUGCUGGAGGGAGAAUUCUUACUGGCGUCUGGAUUUCCCCUUCCAGGAAACAUGGACUACAAUGGUUAUCAUCAGUAUAUAGAUGAUGCCCUACCUCCCGAAUCUCCGUAUCUGUAUGGCCUCCACCCCAAUGCAGAAAUUGGCUUCUUAACCCAAACAUCAGAGAAGCUUUUCCGUACUGUUUUGGAGCUACAGCCUCGAGACACUAAUCUUGGAGAAGGUGUAGGAACUACUCGGGAAGAGAAGGUGAAGGCGCUGCUUGAUGAUAUCCUGGAGAAAUUAGCGGACGAGUUUAAUAUUCCUGAGCUGAUGGCCAAAGUUGAAGAGAGAACACCAUACAUAGUGGUUGCCUUCCAGGAAUGUGAACGCAUGAACUUUCUCACUUGUGAGAUUAAGCGGUCGCUGAGAGAGCUGGACCUGGGACUGAAGGGUGAAUUAACCAUGACCAAUGAUAUGGAGACUUUACAGAAUGCCAUCUUCUUAGAUAUGGUGCCUGAAUCAUGGACCAGGAGAGCUUAUCCUUCCAUGUCUGGUUUAGGCAGUUGGUUCACCGACCUUCUCAGUCGCAUCAGAGAGCUUGAAACAUGGAUAGGAGACUUCAUGCUACCAUCUGUGGUGUGGCUGGCAGGAUUCUUUAACCCACAGUCUUUCUUGACAGCCAUAAUGCAGUCCAUGGCCCGAAAAAAUGAGUGGCCUCUGGACAAAAUGACGCUGCAAUGUGAUGUGACUAAGAGGAAUCGUGAAGAGUUCACCAGUCCUCCACGGGAAGGUGCAUAUAUUCAUGGCUUGUUCAUGGAGGGCGCACGCUGGGAUAUGCAGACUGGAUUAAUUGCUGAUGCCAGACUGAAGGACUUGACUCCACCCAUGCCAAUUAUUUUCAUCAAAGCCAUCCUUGUUGACAAGCAAGACACACGCAACGUAUAUCCAUGUCCUGUAUAUAAAACACGCCAACGGGGUCCUACCUAUAUUUGGACAUUUAACCUGAAGACUAAAGAGAAACCAUCCAAAUGGAUUUUAGCAGGGGUUGCUCUCCUCCUGCAAAUUUAGACUUCAGUUCACUUCUCUUUUUCUAGCAGCCUUGUCAAAAAAAAAAAAGUCAUAUUUUCUUAUUUGGUAUUUGCUUCACAGAAUAAAUAAACGCCCAGUGUUGUUUCAUGCAUAUAUACAUCUUUCAAAAAAUGAAAGACGAGUUGAAUUAUAUUCAAGCACACCACAGGGUUUCAACUUUAUUACAUUUUUAAAUAAAAGGUGCCUGCUUGGUUUAUGUACCAUAAAUAAGUAAUAACUAUUAUCCAAUUUACAAAACAGGACAUGUUUAAAUAAUAGGUAAACAGGCAUAGAAAUUCAUGUAAGUCAGUCUUAGGUCUUCAGAUAUGUUGGGAUUAUAAUUCUCAAAAUUCCCAAUUAGCUGUGCUAAUUGAUAUUUCUGGAAGUUAUAAUCUUGGUGUAUUUGUAGUGUACUGCCAGCAUGAGAAAAGCUGACUUCAGCUGAAACCUUUUCAAAUGGUGACAUAAAUAUUGUGCAAGCUUCAACGGGAAGACCAUUCCAUCAACAGAGAUCCAAAUCAUAAAAAGCUCCUCUUCCCUGUUUCCUUUCAGCCACAAUUCGUUUGGCAAGGGGGGCUAGAAUGGAAGGGAUGGGCAUAUGUUUGAGAUGGAUAGUCUUUUGGGCGUACUGGUCCUAAACCAUGAGAACCUUGAAAGAUCAACACCACUGUGUUGAAUUGCAUAUAAAAACAUACAGCAAGCAAUUCAAGCCCCAUUUUUGAAUAAUUGUAUUUGCUAAUUAAGCUUCAAGUCAUCAAAUGCAGAGAAAAAUACCACUUUUUAGUACUCCUACUACUGUUACAUGAUUCAAAGAGCAAGUGCUGUUGUGCUGGAUUUUUUUCUCCAGAGCUAAAUUUUGGCAUUGGCUUCAAAAAGAGACUUUCAUACACACUUUGAGGCAUAAAUGGGUAUGUUUGAGAUGUUUCUUUACCGAUGAUUCAUGUCUUAGCAAUGCAGAGAAAAAGUGACAAGGUUAUUAAACAAGGUGAAAUUUGUAAUGUAGAAAGUAAAUGUAAGAGUUUGGAAUGGAACUAAUUUGUUUAAAAAAAAUAUUUCUACUCUGUUGUCAAUGAUGGUCUUCUCCUGCCCUCUACUUUGCAGUGUUACUGUAUUUCUGACUGCUCAAAUUAUAUGUUUCUAAUUGCAUAUGCUAAGCUCAUACCUGCUUGUCCAAACCAGCUUUUUGAGUUAGUGGGAAAACCAUAGAAGAGAGUUCAUAUUAAAAGCUUACAGUAAAUAAGGAUUUCUGUAAUUCUCCUUGAGUGAUCCAAUAAUUUCCAAACACUAGUUGCUUAUUAUAACACUGUUUGUUGUUUUUGAAGUUUCUAUGGUGAUCCUUUUUACAUUUUCACUAUAGUUAACUGUGGUGUUCCCCCAUUAGGUGAAAAUAUGAGAUAAGAAUGUCAUCAGGAAGCCUAAUUAUUGAUAAUAAAAUGCCCACAAUGGUGACAGAAGAGCCACAGCAUAUAUCCACCCCCCAAAUGAAUGAAAACAGCUUUCUCUGGAGAUAACUUGUCCUCAAGACAAUAUCCAACUAUAACUGAUUCAGAUGGGGGCUGGUAAACUAUUAUCAAAAUCCAUGGCAAGUGGCCAGAUCCAUUUUGUCUCCAAGGAAUGUAUCUGAUUACUGACAAAGAAAUACCAGUGUGCACUUAGCGUGUGAGAUUAUUGGCAAUACAAAUGCUUUGUUAAAAUCUGAAUUGCUUUGCAUCCUAAACACAAUGCACCAAGAAUCUUAAAUCUCUAGCACAAACACAGUCUUAUUAUUUUGAGAAGCCUCUCAAGCAUUUGUUGGGGGGGGAAAAAUCUCAGUAAAAAAUCUUAACACUUUAACAUCCAUGCUUGAAAAACUGAGUUGUAGCUCCCCCUGUUUUUCUAUUUUUUAAAAAAUAUUGUUAAAGGAUAUAUAAGGGAAUAUGGCAGGAUACAGAUAUGAGUAUUACAUCAAGUAGAUAUGUAAUGCACUCUGUUGCAAUUCACUGCUUUGAUGAAAAAUUAAAUAUCAUUAAUAAAGGAACUCAAUAAUAACCUUUGCUGGUAUCAUGAGACUACUAGUUUCAUUUUUAAAAGUUCCCCACUGUGUUCACUUUAUUUCUACAAAGAAAUAGCAUACUGUCUUUAUCCCUUUGUGUAGAUUUCCACUUACCAUUCUUCACAGUGAGAUAUCAAGCACUAUAUAACAUAACUUUCUGGGAAUUAAAGUGAGAUUUGAGUAUUAAAAGCAAGUUCUGACUUUCUGAAUCUUAAUAUUUUAGGCUCUUUUAAAAUGCAAACUCCCUUUAUUCAACAGAACAGCAUGAUGAAAAGGCUGGUAAAAGCUGCCGCCACAGUGGAUGAGUUGGUCAUCCAUACUCAAUGGAAGCAAUUUGAUCUCAGUGGCUCUGCACAGUCUUUGAACUUGUUCAAUAUUCCCCACCACGGUGGCUUGAAAGAGAACUGUAAUGGGAAAUGUAUGGCA